ACCAGGAAAGGAGAUGGAACACUCUGUGAGUUGGGAGGAAAACCAUGGAGCCCUGGAGGCAGAAGGAAGAAACGUGAUCACCUAUAGUGCCAUCAGCGAUGAGCUGCGAGACAAGGUGCGCUUCCCGGCCUUGCUGCGCACCGCACCCAGCGCCGACCACCACAUCGAGGCCAUGGUGCAGCUGAUGCUGCACUUCCGCUGGAACUGGAUCAUCGUGCUGGUGAGCGGCGACACCUAUGGCCGUGACAAUGGCCAGCUGCUUGGCGAUCGCCUGGCCCGGGGCGACAUCUGCAUCGCCUUCCAGGAGACACUGCCCACAGUGCAGCCCAACCAGAACAUGACGUCAGAGGAGCGCCAGCGCCUGGUGACCAUUGUGGACAAGCUGCAACAGAGCACGGCACGCGUCGUGGUCGUGUUCUCACCCGACCUGACCCUGUACAACUUCUUCAAUGAGGUGCUGCGCCAGAACUUCACGGGUGCCGUGUGGAUCGCCUCCGAGUCCUGGGCCAUUGACCCGGUCCUGCACAACCUCACGGAGCUGCGCCACAUGGGCACCUUCCUGGGCAUCACCAUCCAGAGCGUGCCCAUCCCUGGCUUCAGUGAGUUCCGCGUGCGAGACCCACAGGCUGGGCCGCCACCCCUCAGCAGGACCAGCCAGAGGUCUACCUGCAACCAGGAGUGUGACAGCUGCCUGAAUGGCACCUUGUCCUUCAACAACGUUCUCAGGCUCUCUGGGGAGCGUGUCGUCUACAGCGUGUACUCUGCGGUCUACGCUGUGGCCCACGCCCUGCACAGCCUCCUCGGCUGUGACCACGGCACCUGCACCAAGAGGGAGGUCUAUCCCUGGCAGCUGCUUAAGGAGAUCUGGAAGGUCAACUUCACUCUCCUGGACCACGAAAUCUCCUUCGACCCUCAAGGGGACAUGGCUCUGCACUUGGAGAUUGUCCAGUGGCAAUGGGGCCUGAGCCAGAAUCCCUUCCAGAGCGUCGCCUCCUACUACCCCCUACAGCGACAGCUGAAGAAAAUCCAAGACAUCUCCUGGCACACCAUCAACAACACGAUCCCUGUGUCCAUGUGUUCCAAGAGGUGCCAGUCGGGGCAAAAGAAGAAACCCGUGGGCAUCCACAUCUGCUGCUUCGAGUGCAUCGACUGCCUUCCCGGCACCUUCCUCAACCAGACUGAAGAUGAAUAUGAAUGCCAGGCCUGCCCGAGUAACGAGUGGUCCCACCAGAGUGAGGCGUCCUGCUUCAAGCGGCGGCUGGCCUUCCUGGAAUGGCAUGAGGCACCCACCAUCGUUGUGGCCCUGCUGGCCGCCCUGGGCUUCCUCAGCACCCUGGCCAUCCUGGUGAUAUUCUGGAGGCACUUCCAGACGCCCAUGGUUCGCUCAGCUGGGGGCCCCAUGUGCUUCCUGAUGCUGACGCUGCUGCUGGUGGCAUACAUGGUGGUCCCGGUGUACGUGGGGCCGCCCAAGGUCUCCACCUGCUUCUGCCGCCAGGCCCUCUUUCCCCUCUGCUUCACCAUCUGCAUCUCUUGUAUCGCCGUGCGCUCUUUCCAGAUCGUCUGUGUCUUCAAGAUGGCCAGCCGCUUCCCGCGCGCCUACAGCUACUGGGUCCGCUACCAGGGGCCCUACGUCUCCAUGGCGUUUAUCACGGUACUCAAAAUGGUCACUGUGGUGAUUGGCAUGCUGGUCACAGGCCUCAAUCCCACCACCCGUAUUGACCCCGAUGACCCCAAGAUCAUGAUCGUCUCCUGCAACCCCAACUACCGCAACAGCCUGUUCUUCAACACCGGCCUGGACCUGCUGCUCUCAGUGGUGGGUUUCAGUUUCGCCUACAUGGGCAAGGAACUGCCCACCAACUACAACGAGGCCAAGUUCAUCACCCUCAGCAUGACCUUCUAUUUCACCUCAUCUGUCUCCCUCUGCACCUUCAUGUCUGCCUACAACGGGGUGCUGGUCACCAUCAUGGACCUCUUGGUCACUGUGCUCAACCUCCUGGCCAUCAGCCUGGGCUACUUUGGCCCCAAGUGCUACAUGAUCCUCUUCUACCCGGAGCGCAACACGCCCGCCUACUUCAACAGCAUGAUCCAGGGCUACACCAUGAGGAGGGACUAGUGCCACCCGGUGGCGUCUGGGAGGGAGGGAGGGCCACGGCGUUGGGAGGUGGAGGCCAGAGGUCUUCCCUGGCUGGUUCAACCCCAGAAAGAAGCAGGGAAGGCAUCCCCGACUACUCCCACCUUGCCCUGGUUAAUAAUUUAGCAUUCCUUGGAGGUCCUUUGCAUCUGGGCCAUUUUUACCCACUUAGUGAUGGGUGUCUUAAAACAUCCACACUUCAUUGCUUUCCCUUGACCUAUUUUACACGCCAGGCACUGCCAUCUUCUAGGAAAAAAAACCACCCAAGGUGACCUAUUGGUCUCCAAGGACAAAGUCUCAUUUAGUAGCCUACAGCUGCCAUCUGGCGGUCGCAGUGGGCACCUGCGGGUUGCAGCUCAUUCCCUCACUCAUGUUCAAGGCAAAGGGAGGCCUUGGGUGCGCUGGGCUGGGUGCCCUGGGCUGGGUGGGCUGGGCU